AGGUCCUGCGCACUUAGCUCUAGGUGAUAGGGCACUGGCGUAGCCAGUAGCUGUAGGGUCAUUUUCCGGGUGUCGUUAAUCAGAACCCUACGUCUCUAUCAACAGACUUUGGGAUCAGAGUAAAACGACAAUGGCCACCAUCAUGAAGGCCCAGGGCAUGCGUGUGGGUCUGCCCACGCGCCGUCCUGCUCCUGCGGCGCCAGUGAUGCGGGCCGCGCCUGCUCCUGCUCUGCGCGCCACUCUUCGCAUGCCGGCUCUGCCAGUUGUCCGUGUUGCCCAGAAGGCUACGGCUAUGGGCCGUCGCACGCUGACCGUCACGGCCUCGGCCGCUCAGCCUGCUUCGCCCGCCCCGGCCCCUGCGAAGCCCGCGUUCAAGUGGGGUGCUAACAUGAAGGACCUGGCUAUCUGCGUGGGUAUUGCCACUGCCCUCUGGUUUGUGCCGCCCCCGGCUGGCGUGACUGCUAAGGCGUGGCACCUGCUGGCGGUCUUCAUCGGCACCAUUGUCGGCAUCAUCACGACGCCCCUGCCCCUGGGUGCUGUCGCUGUUAUCGGCCUGGGUGCGGCGAUGGUGACGAAGGUCCUGACCUUCGCCGAGGCCUUCAGCGCUUUCGCGUCCGAGAUUCCCUGGCUCAUCGCCAUUGCGUACUUCCUGGCUGGCGGCUUCAUCAAGUCGGGUCUGGGCAACCGCAUUGCCUACGCCAUCGUGGGUGCCCUGGGCAAGACCACCCUGGGUCUCACCUACGCGCUGGUGUUUGCUGAGGCGCUGCUGUCGCCCGCCAUCCCCUCCGUGGCUGCCCGCGCUGGUGGCAUCUUCUUCCCGCUGGCCAAGGCUCUGUGCCUGGCUUGCGGCUCCGACCCCGAGAAGGGCACCCAGAAGAAGAUGGGCGCCUACGUCAUGAAGACCUGCUUCCAGACCACCACCGUCUCCUCCGCCAUGUUCAUCACCGCCAUGGCUGCCAACCCCCUGGCCGUCAACCUGGCCGCUGCCGCCGGCAUCAACAUCAGCUGGGGCACCUGGGCUCUUGCGGGUCUGGUGCCGGGUCUGGUAUGCCUGGUGGCAGUGCCGCUCAUCCUCUACGUGCUCUACCCGCCGGAGGUCAAGGACACCCCUGACGCCCCCGCCGCUGCCGCCAAGGAGCUGGCCAAGCUGGGCCCCAUGAGCACCAACGAGAAGAUCACUGCGGUCGCUUUCGCCAUCACCGUGGCUCUGUGGAUCUUCGGCGGCUCCUUCGGCAUCAACGCGGUGGCGGCUGCCAUCGUGGGUCUGUUCAUCCUGCUGGUGACCAACGUGACCACCUGGAAGGAGUGCCUCAACAACAACGCGGCCUGGGACACGCUCACCUGGUUCGCGGCGCUGAUCGCCAUGGCGGCGGCGCUCAACAAGUACGGCUUCAUCCCCUGGCUGUCCAACACCGUGGUCAAGGUUGUGGGCGGGCUGGGUCUGGGCUGGCAGGGCGCCUUCGGCAUUGUGGUCGCCCUCUACUUCUACUCCCACUACUUCUUCGCCUCGGGUGCCGCCCACAUCGGUGCCAUGUACACCGCCUUCCUGGCCGUGGCCACCGCCUGCGGCACCCCGCCCAUGCUGGCCGCCAUUGCUCUGGGCCAGCUGUCCAACCUGAUGGGCUGCCUCACCACGUACGGCAUCGGAUCCGCGCCGCCGUACUUUGGCGCCGGCUACGUGCCGCAGGGCGACUGGCUGAAGCUGGGUGCGAUUCUGUCGGUGUUUUACCUGGCUGUGUGGCUGGGCGUGGGAGGUGCCUGGUGGAAGGUGAUUGGCCUGUGGUAAGGAGCAGGAGGAGGAGGAGGGGUGAUGCCUUGGCAGAGGAAUGGGGAGGAUGGAGGCGGCCGUGGAGUGUAGUAGAGGGCGGUUGUGUUGAGGAUUUGGUUGCUGGUUGUGUCGUCGUGGCAUGAGAGCCUUUUUUGGCACUGUGCCGCUGCGAGAAACCGCGGAAUUUUGGAGUUGUGUGUACCCGGGUUAUAUUCUUUUUGGUGUAAUUGUUGGCCCAACGUGCGGUAUGAGCCUUGCAUGCUCAAACUAAGCGGUGCUUGCGUGUGUGUGUACGAAUUAGACUUUUGAGGAGAAGACUAUGUGUGUGUGCUAAAGUACACCUCUUAUUGCUUAUUACGCCACACCCCUGUCGCUCUUUUUGCGGCUGGCUGGGCCGGUUGUUGUUGCAAUUCGGGACGGCUGCAGGGAGGGUAGCACUGCGACACGCAUGUUGUGCUGCCCCGUCAUGCAUGCCGGUACCGGUAUAAUUCGUAUAAAGGGAGCAUCGGGUGAGCCAUCACCACCACCAUGUUGCUUGCCUGUAAG